AUGUCUUCACCAUUUAUUGUUCCCGACUGCACACAACAAGUGUCUGGAAGAAUCGCAGACAGGGAGAUUAUUGUUCUCUCGAGUGAACAGCUGUUGGAAAGACUCGCACACGGCAAACUUAUUGUUCCUAACUGCCAACUUGAAAUAAUGCCUGUUCUCGAGGAAACGAAAGCAGAGAUCAUUUAUCAACUAGGCAUCUGGUGUCAUGCAAACGUACCUUUAGUUGGACAAUUUGGUGGUUCUAAUGCAAGUAUUAUGUUGGGGAGCUUUAAAGUGCCCAAUGUUAUGGGUGGCUUUGAUAUUUUAGGCCCCGAUGCGUCUGUUGUGCUUAGGCCUAGAUGGAACGCCUUCCAAGCUAACAGAUCACCCAGACAACCUGAGAACAAAAUUUUCCGCAAGUUACACCAAACUUUAUCAUAG